UUCAGUUUCUUAUAUAACACAAGAGCUGGUCUUUGUUAUUUAGUAUUGAAUCGUGGGAGAGUUUGAUCGACCAGUACUUAUAUUAAAUAAUGGCUACAAAGGCAUCAAAUUUAGUUGUUUUUCUUCUCUCUUUGCUUCUUCUGCUCUUAUUGAUCUCCUUUCAAGUUGGAGUCGCCGACGCCAAACGCAACAAACCAGGCCACGACCAGCUUUUGGAUUACCCUCGCCCUCCCACCGCCCCUAUAUAUCUGCCGCCCUCUAAAUCGCGCAAAGGAAAAGGUCCAUAAGCCAAAGUACGUACGUUUUGACCAGUGAUGGAGAAGAAACUAUAUAUAAUGGUCAAGAUUCGAGAUUAAUGUUGUUGUGAUCUCAUAUUAGUAAACGUUUUUCUGAUCAUAUCACAUUUUUAGAUCGUAUUUGGUUAUAAAUAUGUUGUCGGUUGUACUGGUUUGGCCACAUAUAUGUCGUAACUAAACAAUGGCUAUUUUUGGCUAAAUUAGUUGUCAUCAUCACGAAUAAAUGUUAUAAUUAUGUC